AUGAAUGAAGCAGUUGAAGCUGGAAAGAAGAAUAUCAAGAGGAUUUUGAGAAAAAUAGUGGAUGGUAAUAGGGAAUGGCAUGAGAAAUUGUCAUAUGCUUUACUUGGAUAUCACACCAUAAUCAGAACUUCUACUCCUUACAUGUUGGUCUAUGGGUCGGAAACGGUGAUACCUGCAGAAGUUGAGAUACCUUCAUUACGAAUAAUCCAGGAGGUUGGUCUAGACGACGCUGAAUGGGUUCGUAGCAUGAUUGAACAGUUGAUGCUUAUUGACAAAAAGAGAUUGGAUGCAGUCUGUCAUGGUCAACUCUAUCAAAACAGAAUGAUCAAGGCGUUCAACAAGAAAGUCAAGCCUCGUCGAUUCACACCUGGACAAUUGGUAUUGAAGAAAAUAUUCCCUUACCAAGGUGAAGCCAAAGGGAAAUUUUCACCAAAUUGGCAAGGUCCAUACAUAAUUCAUCGAGUGCUCUCAGGAGAAGCAGUGAAACUUACAGAAAUGGACGACACAGUACAUUUUGAAGACCCUGGUCAAAAACUAAGAAAAGAGGAUCCUCAUAGGAAGAUUAGGUUAUUUACUUGUCCCAACAAAACUCCGCCAAUCGGAGCCAACCACCUGAAUGGGUCGAAUAACUUCGCUAAUCGGAGAAUUAUCGUCUAA